UGAGACUGUCCCAGCCACCAUCAUCACUUGGACGGGAUCUUCUGAAACCAUGCUCCACUUCAGACUCAGCACCACACUGUUGCUGGCAACAAUAUAUUUGCUCCAGACAACAGUCUCCACAGAGACUGUCAUCACCUGUGACAAUGGCGGCGAUGUCCAAUACUUGAGCUGUGAUUUAGGAGUGAUCCAUGUGAAGGCAGCCCUGUACGGACGUUCAAACAAGAAGACCUGCAGUGAGGGCAGACCUCCGCAACAACUUACAAAUACAAAUUGUUCUCAAAAGGGCGCUCUGAAUGUCAUCAAGGAGAGGUGUGAUGGCAAGAAGACAUGUGAGAUAAAUCCAAACCGUGCCUCUGAUCCCUGCCAAGGAAUCUACAAAUAUCUGGAGACCAACUACACCUGCGACCCAGCAAUUCGCAUUGUUGCAUGUGAGGGGUCUACGGCACAAUUGUUCUGUGAUCCAGGGCAGGUUAUAUUUGUGAUUGGAGCUGACUACGGACGCCGUGACCAGACUACCUGCUCCUAUAUGCGGCCUGUAUCUCAGCUUAGACGUGUUGACUGCUUCGGCUCCACUAAGAAAGUUGCUGACAGCUGUAACGGGAAAAACAGCUGUUCUGUCUUUGCAAGAAACAAAGUGCUUGGAGACCCCUGUGGAGGCAUUUACAAGUACCUGGAGGUGGCUUACCGGUGUGAAUAUCCUGUGGUCACUCCUCAGUAGUAAACUGUAAAAAAAUUACAUCAUCACAAUAAACAUAUGCUGAAUAAAAUAAA